GGACAGAACUACUCCAAGUUCACCUCAACCUUCCACGUAAUCGCCACCCCCGACCAGGUCGUCAACGGCACCACGCCCACAGGCGGCCAAAAAGGCGCCAUGGGCUACUACGACCUCGCCCUCAACUCCCACGAGAACUUCAUCUGCUACAAGAUCGUCCUCGCCGGCCUAGGCGCCGCAGACUACCAGUCCCCUGCCUCCACCUCGACCCACAUCCACGAGGCCGCCCGUGGCCAGUCCGGCCCUCCGCGCAUUGCCUUCCCCAACCCCGCCUACGUAGGCGAGCACGAGCGCAUCUCCGAGGGCUGUCUCAAGGCCCCCUUCUCGACGGGUCUUCUGGAUGCCGCUGGUGUGGACACGGGCAGGGACUUCCAUGUCUCGGAGAUUGAACAGAACCCUCAUGCGUUUUUCGCGGAUGUGCAUACUGAGGUCGCUGUUCCUGGUGCUGUUCGGGGCCAGAUUGGCGAGUAG